CUAGUAUUUAGAGCGUAACAGCGACAAAUAUCCUUCUUCCCUUUAUCAUAGAGAAAAAAGUAAGCUUAGAGUGUUCACUCCAUACAUAGAUAAGAUUCAAACCUAAUAGGUAAUAAAGUUUAUGCGAGUUUAAACCUUAUUAUUAAUAAGUACGGAAAGCCAUGUACGGUGUGAGCACUCUAGGCUCUUACAAAUGUUCAUACACAUCACAAAAUCCGUAUCUAAUAAGCAACGUUUUGCUACCUGACAACAAUUUAUCCCGUCAUUUUUAAUUUACAAAACUACCAAAGAAGUAUGAUCAAUGCACUUAACUGUUAUCAAGAUAAGUAUGUACGGUUUAUCAAGAUCACUUACUAUCAAAGCAUUCGAAGCCCUUGAGAUGCCGAUGUCAUGGAUCAAAAAGUCUAGAUAUACAGUUAUCUCCGAAUUUGCCAGUAGUUGCAUUUGAAGUGUGGAAGGUACUUGGACGUUUUGCACAAUGCAGGCCUUUAUAUGGCUGAAUAUUUUGUUUCUAGUAAAUGUCCAUGGUGCACUACAGAGGGUAGACCCAUUAGUGCUAAUCGAUCAGGGUCUAGUUAAAGGAAUCAAAGAUAGUGAUGGUGACUACUCAAAAUUCUUAGGAAUUCCAUACGCAAAAGUGGAUUUAGAUGAUCCGUUUGGGCCUGCUCAAGCGGCUCCAGAGUUUGAAGAAGAAAUAUUUCACGCCUAUGAUAACUCAAGGAAAUGUCCUCAAAUCAGUUUUGGCGGUGUGAAAUCUGGAAGUUCAGAACACGAAUCUCCUGACUGCCUCCAAUUAAAUGUAUAUUCACCAAGUAAAGCAAGCACUUUAAAUCCUCUGCCAGUUCUUGUUUGGAUUCAUGGAGGUGGUUUCAGUGGAGGAAGCGGCAACGAGUAUGAAGCACCUAACUUGGUCAAACAGGGCAUCGUCGUCGUUACAGUUAAUUAUCGUCUAGGACCUUAUGGCUUUAUGUGCCUUGAUAACCCUGCUGUACCUGGGAACCAGGGGCUGAAAGACCAAUACGCAGCGCUCCGGUGGGUCAGGAACAAUAUCGCAGCGUUUGGUGGCAACCCUUACAACGUCACAUUGGCCGGCCAAAGCGCGGGCUCUGCCUCAGUAUUGUUACAGUUGUACUCAUCGAAGGAAAAGUUAUUCAACAAAGCCAUAGCAGAGAGUGGGACACCGCUUAGUCCAUACUUCUUUGUUACUGGAGAUUCAGACGUAGCGGUGAAGCUGGCUAAUUACUUGGGUUUGAACACAACCGACAAUCAACAGGCAUUGGAAUUUCUAGCUCAAACCCACCACAGUUUAGUCACUGGUGCAUCCGCCGAUUUGAAAAUUGACUUUAAACCGUGCAAAGAAAAAUCUUUCAGCGGCGUUGAUAAUUUCAUUGACAGCGAGCCUUACGCUUUUUCUAAUGAAAGAAAAAUAAGAAAUACUCCCAUUCUGAUUGGUAAUACCGAUCAAGAAUAUUCAGUUGAUGAUGUAAAACAAAUGAACGGCGAUGAUUUUUACAAUCAGGACUUCUUUUAUACGAGUCUAAAAGAAAAGUUUAAUUUGGAAAAUGGUCAAUUACAAGAGAUAGCAGAAAUCGUCAGGCACUUCUACAUAGGAGAUAUAGCUAUUUCAGAAGAAGUUGAAACAGAAGCAGCAGACUUUCUGUCUGAUUUUGUGUUUAACCACCCUAUCCAAGACACGAUAACAAAUUUGAUUAGAGACAAUGCUAAUCCUGUUUAUGAGUACGUGUUCACCUACACAGGGGAAUCUGGUGAAAAUGGAGCAUCACACACAGCUGAGCUGGGGUAUUUGUUCAAUUCCCAGCAAAAUGACAAUGCACAAUCAGAGGCCGACCAAAUAGUAGCUGAUCGAAUUACUACUCUGUGGGCCAACUUCAUUAAAUACGGCAACCCUACCCCGGAGACCUCUGACUUGAUCCCCCUCAAGUGGACCCCAGUGACAGAAACCACCAGGCCCUACCUCAACAUUGGAGCAGAUCUUCAAAUGGAGGACAGGUUCCUCAGGGAGAGGCUCGCUUUCUGGGAGCUCUUCCAGUCAGUCUACGGGAAGUACAGCAACCUAGCUCGACAGUGCGACUACUAAGCGAAGAUACAUUUCUUAUAUUGCCUCGGGUUCCGUGUUUCUAAUUAUAUGUAUGCCAUCAUCACCAAAACUAAGAAAUAAUUUAGCUAUUAAUUCCAAAAUAAUAUAAAGUAAAAAAAUGUAAGUACGUGAUAUCGGACAGAUAGCUUCGAUGCUAUCUGGCGCAAGAAAACGGCCUAUGUGGGAGCAGUAGUAGCAUUUUAAACAUGAUAGCUAAUAAGCUUGAUUGUCCUUUGUUGUGGAAACUAUCAAAGGACAAAAUCUAUGUUUGUUAUUAAGUACUAACGUAGUCUAGGAUCAACUAACACUGCUUGGACCAUUUGCUGUAUUGAAUAGAAUAAUAAUAAAUAAAUAUUUAAAUGUGAAAGUAUAUCUCAAAAAAAUUAAGAUACUGUUAUAAGGGACUUUCUGCUUAUAAAUCCUUCACUAUUUUUUCUUGCCUUAGGUUAUGGAAUAGGUUAUAUAUAUGUUUUCAAUAAACUUUAAGCGAUG